AUGUUCACCACUCAGAAGAUUUCCAUUCUCCUGUCCCUCCUCUCUACCAUCAACGCCGCACCACCAACGAUUUCUGGCUUCACUCUCACUUGGGCUGAAGACUUCAUCGGAGGUGCCAACAGCCUCCCUUCAACGAGCAACUGGAUCAUCGACACUGGUACUUCGUAUCCUGGUGGUCCGGCAAACUGGGGUACAGGAGAGAUUCAAAGAUAUACCAGCAGUCCGAAUAAUCUUCGUCUAACCGGCGACGGCGUCCUGCAAAUCACUCCCCUCCGCGACCGCAGCACCGGGGUAUGGACCUCCGCCCGAAUCGAGACCCAACGCACGAACUUCAUGGCCCAAGAAGGCGGCAAGAUGCGCAUCCAAGCGCGCAUUCUCAUGCCGGACGUCAAAGGCGCCGAAGCCAUUGGGUACUGGCCUGCGUUCUGGACUCUAGGGGCGAGUUAUCGUGGGAAUUAUCAGAACUGGCCGAGUGUGGGAGAGUUUGAUAUCAUGGAGAAUGUCAAUGGUAUUGAUUCGGUGUGGGGGGUCUUGCAUUGUGGUGUUAACCCUGGGGGGCCGUGUAAGGAGACGGAUGGGCUUCCGGGCAAUCGCGCAUGUCCCAAUACGCCAUGCCAAGGCAAUUUCCACGUCUACACCAUCGAAGUUGACAGGACCGUAACACCAGAAGUUCUACGCUGGUACGUAGACGGCAUCGUGUUUCAUUCGGUAUCUGAAAGUACCGUUGGGACCUCAACUUGGAACCAGGCUGUUCAUCAGGGGCAUUUCAUCUUAUUGAAUCUGGCGAUCGGAGGCGCCUUUCCGAACAACAGGUACGGGAGUGCGACGCCAGUGGCUUCCACGGUGGAUAGUAGGCCAAUGUAUGUGGACUAUGUUGCUGUUUAUAACACGUAA